CUGGAUUACAUUUUGGAGAAUUUGGGCGAUCACUUGGAGGGCUUAGCAUCCUGUUGAUUUGCUCGUUAUUAUUAUUAUUGGACAUUGAGGGUCUUCACCGGGGUCCAGAUGUUAAUCCACACCUAUUCGGCUAUGGAGCGCGCAGACGGACUGAGUAGCUCCUCACCGAGCGGGCGCCUCUCCCAGUUGUCGUCCCUCAACCAGGCCGCUUACUCCUCGGCGCCCCCCCUCUGCCACACUCCGGCCUCCGACUUCCAGCCCCCGUACUUCCCUCCCCCGUACCCGCAGUCCUCCCUGUCCUACUCCCAGAGCCAGGACUCGGCCUACUCCCACCUGUCGGACCCUUACACCUCCAUUAACUCCAUCCAUCAGCAUCAGCAAGCCGCGUGGCACUCCCAGAGGUCACGCUCCGACGACGGGGGGCUCUUGUCGCAAACGCAUCGGGCUCUCGGGCUCGACCCCCGUAGGGAGUACGCGGCCGUCCCGCGCCUGCUCCACGGACUCGGGGAAGGGGCCGCGGCUCUCGGAGAUGGACCCCUCGGGAUGCACAUAGGACAUCACGGCCUGGAUGAGCUUCAGGGAAUGGAGGAAGGAUCAGCCUUGGGCAUCCUGGACCACUCUGUCAUUAAAAAAGUUCCCAUCCCAUCCAAGCUGAACGGUUCGGCCCUGUCCGCCUUGUCCCUCGGUAAGGACGCCCUCGGGAUGGGCGCCGUGUCUAACCCGGCCGAGGUUUUCUGCUCGGUGCCGGGCCGCCUCUCGCUGCUCAGUUCCACCUCCAAGUACAAGGUCACCGUUGGGGAGGUGCAGCGGCGGCUCUCCCCGCCAGAGUGCCUCAAUGCCUCUCUGCUGGGCGGUGUUCUUCGCAGGGCGAAGUCCAAGAAUGGUGGCCGCUGUCUGAGAGAGCGUCUGGAAAAGAUUGGCCUCAACCUGCCCGCCGGGCGACGCAAGGCAGCCAACGUCACUCUGCUAACAUCUCUGGUGGAGGGUGAGGCCGUCCAUCUGGCGAGGGAUUUCGGGUACGUGUGCGAGACCGAAUUCCCCGCCAGAGCCGCCGCCGAGUAUCUGUGCAGGCAGAGCGAGCCCGACCAGCUCCCGACCCGACGCAGCAUGCUGCUCGCCACCAAGGAGAUCUGUAAAGAGUUUGUGGACCUCAUGUCCCAGGAUCGUUCCCCGCUCGGGGGCAGCAGACCCACCCCCUGCCUGGAGCCCAGCCUCCAGGGGAGCCUCACCCACUUCAGCCUGCUUACUCAUGGCUUCGGCACGCCCGCCAUCUGCGCCGCGCUCUCCGCCUUCCAGAGCUACCUGAUGGAGGCCGUCAAAAUGCUGGACAAAGGAGACGGAGGAGGGAAGGGCCACCACGACAAAGAGAUGAAGCACCGUAAAUAA